GUUCCAUUCUCAGGGUGGGCUCCAGCAGAGAAAGAACUACUUACCCAGAAGGCACAGCACAGGAGUCAUGCGGCUCACUUGACAAAUGAAAGACCUAAUAAAGGACUCUACCACUCUGUCAAGGAGCUUGGCGAUUCCGUGACGUCAUCCUGGAGCGACCCUGUAGCCCAUGCCCGCUGUAGAAAUCCAAGCACCGCCCGAGGGCAUCUCCUCUGAGAGGCAAAUCUUGGAGAUUGCACAGUGACGAGGUGCGGGCCUCCGUGUCAUGGGCACAGCUGUCGUCAGCCAAGGUCGCCUUCCCGGGGCAGGACCGGGUCCGCCCCCCACGGGAUCUCAUGAUGGCCUCGGCGCUGAGGGACUCCGGGCAGGUGUGACCUUUGAGGAUGUGGCUGUAGUUUUUACUCAAGAAGAGUGGGGGCAGCUGGCUCCAGCUCAGAGAACCCUGUACCAGGAGGUGAUGCUGGAAAACCAUGGACUUCUGGUCUCUCUGGGGUAUCCUGUUCCCAAAUCUGAGCUGAUGUGUCGGCUGGAGCACAGGCAGGAGCUGUGGCGGGUGAUGAACGACCUUUCCGCAAGCGUCAGUGCAGGUAAUGGAAAAACCAAGGCCACAGAACUUACCACGUGUGAGUCAGCACUAUCUAAGGCUGUCUCAUGCCAAGGCAAGUUCACAAAAGAAGUCUCAAAGGACUCCCAGUCAAUGCAAACUCCUGAUCAGAUUGGUUCCUCAAAAAUGCAGCAAGAAUACUUUCAAACAGGGAUAGAGCCCCAGAGCAAGCUGCUUCCUGGGAAAAUCAGCCUUGGACGUGAUAGCUUAGGGACAGCUGAAGGUGUGUGUUCAAGGGUUAGACAGAAGCAUGUCUCUUCAGGAAAUGCCGUCCAUAAUUGUGACUCGCAUGAGUCAGAUAAGGACCCUGUAAUCCAGGAGGAGGAAAAUGUCUUCAAAUGUCAUCAUUGUGGCAAAGUAUUCAGAAAGAAGCGCCUGCUUGCUCGGCAUGAGAGGAGUCACUCUGGAGUGAAGCUGUAUGAGUGUACCGAGUGUGGGAAGGCCUUCAGCAAGAGCACAUACCUUCUUCAGCAUCAGAUGGUUCAUAGUGGGGAGAAGCCUUAUAAGUGCAUGGAGUGCGAGAAGGCCUUCAGCCGCAAAUCCCACCUCAUACAGCACCGGCGGAUCCACAGUGGGGAGAAGCCGUAUAAAUGUGACGAAUGUGGCAGGGCUUUCACACACCGCUCUACUUUUGUCUUACAUAGCAGGAGCCACACUGGAGAGAAACCUUUUGUCUGUAAAGAAUGUGGAAAAGCUUUUCGAGACAGGCCAGGCUUCAUUCGCCACUACAUCAUCCACAGUGGAGAGGACCCGUCCGAGUGCUUUGAGUGCGGACAGGUCUUUAAGCACAGGUCCUACCUCAUGUGGCACCAGCGGACACACACUGGGGAGACGCCAUACGAGUGCAGUGAGUGUGGGAAAGUCUUCCUGGAGAGCGCAGCCCUGAUCCACCACUACGUGAUCCACACCGGGGAGAAGCCCUUUGAGUGCCUCGAGUGUGGCAAGGCCUUCAACCACAGGUCGUACCUCAAGAGGCAUCAGCGCAUUCACACUGGGGAGAAGCCGUACGUGUGCGGCGAGUGUGGGAAAGCCUUCACCCACUGCUCUGCCUUCAUCUUGCAUAAAAGAGCCCACACUGGAGAGAAGCCCUUUGAGUGCAAAGAAUGUGGGAAAGCCUUUAGCAAUAGAGCUGAUCUUAUUGGCCACUUCAGCAUCCACACUGGGGAGAAGCCCUAUGAGUGUACGGAGUGCGGGAAGGCCUUCAACCGUAGGUCAGGACUCACUAGGCACCAGAGGAUUCAUAGUGGGGAGAAACCCUAUGAAUGCGUCCAGUGUGGGAAAACCUUUUGUUGGAGCACAAGCCUCAUUCGCCACGCCAUCAUCCAGGGGGAGAAGCCCUAUGAAUGCAGGGACUGUGGGAAGGCCUUCAGCCGCAGCUCCUCCCUCACUCAGCAUCGAAGGAUGCACAGUCAGACAAACCCUGCCAGUGAAGCAGAUGAGGAAAAGCCUUUCACAGGUGGGCAGACUUUUGUCAACAUCCAAGAACUUCUAUUGGGAAAUGGCUUUUUUAAUGUUACCUCUGAGGAAAAUCUUUUCCAGACAGAAACAUCUUACGUAACACGUGCUAAUUCAUACCAAAGAGAAACCCCACAAGUGUCUUCACUGUGAGAAAACUUGUCGCAGAUUGCUGCUUGUCAUAUGAAAACAUUAGAUAGUGAGCAUUGUUUUCCAGCCGACAAUGUAGGAGAGACACCCAGUUUGUACUUCGCACUCAUGGAAACCUUCAACUGUAUCUUUCUCCUACUUUGAAGUGCAGUGUUAACUCAGGAAUUUUUGUGAGGAGGAGGUGACAUAGGAAUGAAAACUUGAAGCACCAUUUUCAUGCUGCACUGCUAAGUCUUUGGCAUUUGCUAGUGAAUUUCUAAUGUGGGUGGAGAGAACUUUGGGUUAGGGAGUAAAGGAGUAAAGGACCUCGACCCUUUAGAUGUCUUGUGUUUGUGUAUACAUACAUACAUACAUACAUAUAAAGAGAGAGAGAGACUAUAUAUGAAUAUAUAUUUAUAUAUAUAUGAAUAUAUAUAUAUUUCAUAGUGAUUCUAAAUUAUGUCAAAUAGCCAAACCAAUACAUGACCUUAACGUAGUUUAGCAUUUUGGUGUAUAGAUACCUUAUUGUCACAGUUCCCUUUGUUUUUCCUGUACCCAUUCCAUUGUUUUUCUUCUUCUUGGAAUUACAGACCUUCUGUAAUUUCCUUUCUAAUUAAUGAAUUUUAUCUAUGCUAGGCUGGUGACAUUCUCAUUUUCUUCCAUCUAAGGAUGUCUUCACAUUCCCUUCUUUUCUUGGAUGUAGUGUUUAUGGCAUAUAGGAUCUCUGGUGGGCAACUCUUCUCAGUAUUAUUCCAUCCCUUCCAUUUCUUCUCUCCACUGUGGUAUCUGAGUAGAAAUCUGCUACUAACUGAACUGUUCUUAGUCUGCCCUUUCAGUUGAGGUAUAUUCAAAAUGCUUUUCUCUGUAAUGUUCAAGUUUGUGAUGUGCUGGGUAUAAAAAUUUUUGAGUUUCUUUUUCUUUGUGUUUUGAUAGUGUCCUGAUAUGUACUCUGUAACCCAGGCUAGCUCUGAACUUAAAGCGGCCCUUUUGUCUUGGUGUCCUGAAGAGUGGGAUCCUAGCUAUGAGAGUGUAUCUUGAUUAAUAUUGAUACUUCUUUCUUUCUGAAGGCUUAUGCUCUUUGACAAACUUGGGAGAUUUAAAGUUAUUUUUUCAUCCCCAUUCUUUCUGUUCUUUUCCAGGAAUUUCACUAAUAUGGAUAAUAAAUACUUUGUUAUUGGGCUCUUACUUUGUUUUAUUUUUUCUAUAUUAAUUAAUGACUGUUGAUUUGAAAUGCCAUGACUUUCUUUUGUCAUGACUACUGUACUGUUGCACUUCCCCUUUAAUUCUGUUUUUAGAGUUUCCGAUGUCUUAAUUUGUAUUUUGUUGUUUUGUUGUGUUUGUUUGUUUUGAGAUGGAGUCUCAUAUAGCACUUGCUGUCCUCAAACAUACCGUGUAUUCAGGAAAGACCUCGAGCUCCUUAUUCCCCUGCCUCCACCUCACCCAUGACUGUUUUUAAACCUUUUAUUCCUAUGCUAAGUUUAUAAUGCCAAAGAAGGAUUCCUGAAAAAAAAAUAAAAGUGUGUAUUCAAAGUC